AGAAGAUGGGAGCGUGCACCGGCAGGUCUGCUUUAAGAUUGGUGACCAGGCCAGAGACCCAAAAAACCACCCCCUGACCCUGGACGCCGGAUCCCCAAACCCUCCCCCUCCAGACCCCCCCGACGCGAGAUGGCCGACGACAACGGCGGCGACGACUACGUCAGCGAGGCCGUCCGCCCCGAGGGUGAUACACAUACGCGUGCAGAGGGAUUGUCAAAAUCCAGGGAUCGAGACAGAGAAAAAGACAAGGAUAAGGAGCGCCAUAGGGACCGUGACAGAGAUAGAGGAAGAGACAGAGAUCGGGGUCGGGACAGGGAUCUAGACAAGGAUCGGGACAGGGACAAGGAUCGGGAUCGUCACCAAAGGCAUCACCGUGACAAAAGGGAGCACCGAGACCGUCCUGAUGAUCACGAUCGUCACAGAAGCCGUGAUUCUGAAAGGAGAAGGGACCGCGAGAGAGAUGGACAUCGCAGGCAUCGCUCUCGUUCACGGUCUCGUUCAAGGGGCAGGGAUGAUCACAGAUCUCGAUCUCAUUCAAAAAGCAAGCGAGUCAGUGGAUUCGACCUGGGACCAACAGCACAAUCCGUACUUCCUCAGUUCCCUACCAUUCCAACCCCAAGUCAGUUACCUGGCUCUUCUAUUCCUGGAAUGUUCCCGAACAUGCUCCCUUUUGCUGUUGGACAGUUCAAUCCCCUCGUCAUGCAGCCACAAGCCAUGACUCAACAGCAUAUUUUUCCUCAGGCUACUCGGCAUGCUCGGCGUGUUUAUGUUGGUGGCCUUCCCCCAUCUGCUAAUGAACAGUCUGUUGCAAUAUACUUUAAUCAAGUCAUGGCUGCUAUUGGAGGAAACACUGCUGGUCCAGGUGAUGCUGUUCUUAAUGUGUACAUAAACCAUGACAAGAAAUUCGCUUUUGUGGAGAUGAGGUCUGUGGAGGAAGCAAGCAAUGCAAUGGCACUGGAUGGCAUUUUAUUUGAAGGUGCACCAGUGAAGGUUAGAAGACCAACAGACUAUAACCCUUCUCUGGCAGCUGCCCUGGGCCCAAGCCAGCCAAGCUCCAAUUUGAAUCUUGCUGCGGUUGGCCUAACACCAGGUUCAGCCGGAGGGUUAGAAGGCCCGGACCGUAUUUUUGUGGGUGGUCUCCCCUAUUACUUCACAGAGGCUCAAGUUCGGGAGCUGCUUGAAUCAUUUGGGCCUCUUCGAGGAUUUGAUCUUGUGAAAGAUAGGGAAACUGGUAACUCAAAGGGCUAUGCGUUCUGUGUCUACCAGGACCUCAAUGUCACUGACAUAGCCUGCGCUGCUCUAAAUGGUAUCAAGAUGGGAGACAAAACUCUUACGGUCAGACGAGCAAACCAGGGCUCAGCCCAACCUAGACCAGAGCAGGAAAAUAUCCUGUUGCAGGCACAGCAGCAGGUGCAGUUACAGAAACUUGUGUAUCAAGUUGGAGCGCUCCCUACAAAGGUUGUAUGCCUGACCCAGGUAGUUACUGCUGAUGAAUUAAAGGAUGAUGAAGAAUAUGAGGACAUUAUGGAGGACAUGAGGUUGGAAGCUGGGAAAUAUGGUAACUUGGUGAAAGUUGUCAUCCCGCGCCCUCAUCCGAGUGGAGAGCCAGUUUCUGGAGUUGGCAAGGUGUUCUUAGAGUAUGCAGAUGUUGAUGGUUCCACCAAAGCAAAGACGGCGAUGCAUGGAAGGAAAUUCGGUGGAAACCCAGUUGUUGCGGUCUUCUACCCCGAGAACAAGUUUGCUGAUGAGGACUAUGACGCGGCAGCAUAAAUUAUCUCUCUUUUCCAAUGACAAUAGUGCUUUGUGUAGUUUGUUCGAUUUACAGCAACGUUUUCCCUUCUAGUCGAGCUUUCUUGUAGCCCUGGAUUUAUGCAGAACCGCCAGUUAUUAAUAUUGGAAGAUAGAUUGCCUAAA